AUGAGCGGCCUUCGGUUCCUCGAUCUCAUCAAGCCCUUUACGCCCCUCCUCCCAGAGGUGGCUGCGCCAGAGUCGAAGAUUCCUUUCAACCAGAAGUUGAUGUGGACAGGAUGCACACUUCUCAUCUUCUUGGUCAUGAGCCAGAUGCCUCUGUAUGGCAUCGUCUCCUCGGACACUUCAGAUCCGAUUUACUGGCUACGUAUGAUGCUGGCCAGUAACAGGGGAACCUUGAUGGAGUUGGGCACAACACCUAUCAUUUCUUCGGGCAUGGUCUUCCAGCUCCUGGCUGGAACACAUUUGAUCGACGUCAAUCUCGACCUCAAAUCCGAUCGUGAACUUUACCAGACAGCUCAAAAGCUGUUCGCCAUCAUCCUCUCUUUCGGCCAAGCCUGCGUCUUCGUCUUCACUGGUCUCUACGGUCAACCUUCUGAUCUGGGCGCAGGCAUCUGCCUCCUAUUGAUCGUUCAGCUUGUUGUUGCUGGUCUGGUUGUCAUCCUCCUUGACGAAUUGCUCCAGAAAGGUUAUGGUCUAGGCAGUGGUAUCUCUCUGUUCAUCGCAACCGGCAUCUGCGAAUCGAUCGUUUGGCGCGCUUUUUCCCCUACUACCAUUGAUACUGGCCGAGGCAAGGAGUUUGAAGGUGCGGUCAUUGCUCUCUUCCAUCUGCUCGUCACAUGGCCCGACAAGACAAGAGCUCUCCGAGAAGCAUUUUACAGGCCCCAUCUCCCCAACAUCAUGAACUUGCUGUCCACAGUCGCUGUCUUCGCAGCCGUCAUCUACCUUCAGGGUUUCCGAGUCGAGAUUCCAGUCAAGAGCAGCCGACAGCGAGGAAUGAGAGGUUCAUACCCUAUUCGAUUGUUCUACACCUCCAACAUGCCCAUCAUGCUACAGUCAGCUCUUGCCAGCAAUAUUUUCAUGAUCUCCCAGAUGCUAUGGAAUCGCUUCCCAGACAACCUCCUUGUCAAACUCAUCGGCCAAUGGGAACCACGUGAAGGCUCAGCACAGCUCUACGCCAGCUCUGGCGUCGCAUACUACAUGUCGCCACCUCACAAUUUUACCGAGGCCCUCCUCGACCCCAUUCAUACCGUCAUCUACGCGACGUUCAUCAUCGUAACUUGCGCCGUUUUCAGCAAAACCUGGAUUGAAGUUUCUGGCUCUGCGCCACGCGAUGUUGCCAAGCAGCUCAAGGACCAAGGCUUGGUCAUGGCUGGCCAUAGAGAGCAGAGCAUGUAUAAGGAACUCAAGCGUGUCAUUCCUACCGCCGCUGCUUUCGGAGGUGCCUGCAUUGGUGCUCUCUCCAUCUGCUCUGAUAUGCUCGGCGCCUUGGGUUCGGGAACUGGUAUCCUACUUGCGGUCACGAUCAUUUACGGCUACUUCGAAAUCGCAGCUAAGGAAGGCGAAUUUGGCGCCGGCCUGAGGGGCAUAAUGGCCUAG